UAUUUCCAUGUGUUGCUUAUCAGAGUGCCUUCCUCCCCAUUUGUCUUUGUUCAGGGUGGUGCCCUGUCUUUGUAUACUGCUUUGACCUGUCAACAUAAACUUGCUGGAGUAGUUGGACUUAGCUGUUGGCUGCCUCUUCACAAGACAUUCCCUCAGGCAGCAUGCAGUGUAAAUAAGGAAAUAUCCAUCCUGCAAUGUCAUGGAGACUCAGAUCCUAUGAUUCCCGUCCGCUUUGGAGCACUCACCUCAGAGAAACUGAAGUCUGUAGUGGCCCCUUCAAAAGUCCAGUUUAAAACAUAUCAUGGAGUCAUGCACAACACUAAUCAAGAGGAAAUGAUGGCAGUGAAAGACUUCUUGGAGAAGGUGAUCCCACGAGUGUAACGCAGACGAUUCCACUGCAGGAAACCGCUACUAGGCCUCACCUCCAGUGUUUCCUCCCUGAACCCUUGUCCUCUUACCCUCACACCCCCACUCUGUGCUGGUUAAUGAUACAAGUAUUAUCUGUCCUGUCAGAUUUGAUUGGAGCUGUUUAAGGUACAGGGUGGGGGUUGCUGCUCCUACACCCAUUCCAUGAUACCUGCCAAGGGCAGGCCUUGUCAUUGCUGCUUCACAGAUCCUCCUAGUGUUACAUUUCAUAUUCUGUUGUCACAGUGGCUUACCUGUUGACAGCAGAAAGCCAUCAUAUACCUCAGAGGAGCAGCUGAGUGUGGAGAUGUGAAUGUACCUUAAACACUCCGUCCUUUCAGGAGCAGAGCUCAGGGCCACUACAGCUGGUACUGUGCCCCAAUGUAGGUAUUUUUCACAGUCAUCUGUCCCUGCUCUAGACUGGUGUUAUGCUUUUGGCCUUUCAUCCAUGCUCUCUGAGCUCUGGUCAAGUAUUUGUAAGGUUAAGCAUGAACGGGGAAGAGAGUGUACCUUCCAAAGCAGCAUUACCGUCUAUAUAAGGUUUUUUUUUUGUUUUGUUUUGUUUUUUAAUUCACAAUAAAAAGCCUUCUACCCA